CGCACCCAGUGUCAAAGUGGCAGGGACUGCGGAAGUGGCAUUUCCAAACAUUUGCUAAACACUGCUGCUGCCCAGUAGAGAAAAGGAGCCGGAUCAGCCCUGAGGCUGCAACAGAGCCGCUUUCCUUCAGAGAAACACCGAUCCGGGUGUCCUGGGACAGGUGAAGAUGCUGUCAGCAGGCGGCGGGGCCCCCAGGUUCGCUCCUCGGGUGGUGUUGGAACUGGCCUCCAACACCAAGGAGGAGGCCAUCACGUGGUUGCUCAGCCGGAUACGGGACACGCAGCACAAUGGAGGAGCUGAGCUGCUGGUGGAGCAGCUGGGCCCCGGGCUGGACGCGCAGGAGAAGGAAAACCCCAACAUGUUCCUGGUGGGGGCCACGUGGCAGAGGCUGCUGUCUGGCGCUGAGGAUUUGGGCCUCUUCAAGGAGUUCAAUGAUGGAUCCAUGAGGAGCUUCACCUGCGCCAACAAACACAACUUCAAAGACUUUAAAGGGGACGGGGACUCCUUCCUCAGCACGGCGGAGUGUCAGUACAUCAUCAAACACGAGCUGGACACAUUGCGGGCCAAAGACGAGACUCAUGUCCCAGGACACAGCCAGGUCAAGCUGUACCCCGGGAAAUCAGUCAUACGCAGACUGCUGUCCAAGGGGAUCCUGAUCCAAGUGUUUCCUCUGCACGAAAAGGAGGAACUCAAGAGGCUGUCGUUUGCUUGGUACAAAAAGUUGAAGCUGUCCUUUCAGCCUCUCGAGGACAUCCGACACUACUACGGCGAGGGUCAGGCGCUCUACUUUGGCUUCCUGGAGUACUUCACCUUUGCCCUGGUGCCCAUGGCUCUCAUCGGGGUGCCUUACUACCUGUUUGACUGGGAGGACUACGACAAAUAUGUCGUCUUUGCUGCGUUCAACCUGGUCUGGUGCACCGUCAUCCUGGAGUUAUGGAAGCGCUUCAGCUCCUCGCUAGCCUACCGCUGGGGCACGCUGAGCAGGAAGAAAGCCUUCGAGGAACCCCGGCCCGGCUUCCACGGCGUCCUCGGGUUCAACCCCGUGACGGGCCGCCAGGAGCCGCUCUACCCCAACACCAAGAGGCAGCUGCGCGUCUACCUGGUGUCGCUGCCCUUCGUCCUGCUCUGCCUCUACCUGUCCCUCUACGUCAUGAUGAUCUACUUCCUGAUGGAGGGAUGGGCGUUGUCCAUCCACGACGCGGAGCCCACCUUCUGGACGGGAAUACUGUGUUUCAUCCCCAGCGUUAUCUACGCCGUGGUCAUAGAGGUUAUGAACCUCAUCUACAGAUAUGCUGCUGAGUUCCUCACAGAGUGGGAAAACCACCGGCUGGAGUCUUCAUAUCAGAAUCACCUGGUUCUCAAAGUAUUAGUGUUCAACUUCUUCAACUGUUUCGCCUCGCUGUUCUACAUCGCCUUCGUCAUGCAGGACAUGGUGCUGCUCCGACAGAGUCUGGCCACGUUGUUGAUCACCAGUCAGAUCUUGAAUCAGUUCAUGGAGGCCUUCCUGCCCUACUGGCUCCAGAGGAGACGCAACAAGAAGAUGGUCCGCAAAAUCCACAAGGGGAAAAGCCUGGAGGACCGCGAGCUUCCUCUGGCCGAUCAAGUCCGGCUGGAGGCCGACAUGAGCACCUACCUGGGAACCUUUGACGACUACCUGGAGCUCUUCCUGCUGUUUGGCUACGUCAGUCUGUUCUCCUGCGUCUACCCCCUGGCCGCCGUCCUGGUGGUGUUGAACAACGUCACGGAGGUUUACUCCGAUGCCUUCAAGAUGUGUCGCGUGUUCAAGCGACCCUUCUCGGACCCGGCAGCGAACAUAGGAGUCUGGCAGCUCGCCUUCGAGGCCAUGAGCGUCAUCGCCGUCGUCACCAACUGCUCGCUGAUAGGCAUGUCUCCACAAGUCAAGGCCUACUUCCCCGACUCAGACAUGCAGCUCAUACUGUGGACGGUGGCUAUUGAGCAUGGGCUUCUGGCCUUCAAGUUCAUCCUGACCUUCCUCAUCCCAGAUGUUCCCAAACACAUCCAGAUCAAUCUGGCCCGCCUGGAGUUUGAAUCCCUGGAGGCCCUCAAGAAAAAGAAAAUGCUGGAAGCCUCGGAGCUCACCAAGGCCGCCCAGUGAGGAAGAGGAGGAGGAGGAGGAGGAGGGGGGGAGGAGGGCCGACGCACGCUGAUGGGCCGCCUUCACACCUUCACACAGGCAGACUCGCAUGUAUGUAUGAAUGAAAAGCACCACCGGGGGUGGUGGUGGGGUGGGGGUUGUACUUACACAGGGUCCUGCUGCUUUUUUGCAAUAUCUCCACAGCACAGCGACUGAUUGGGUGGUGGGGGGGGGUAUAAGUCACUAGCUGUGGACCUGGGGACGUGUAAUGAGGGUUGGUGUAUGAGGAUAAACGGUGGGAGAAGCAGCUGUUUAAAUCACAAACGAAUGCUGUGUCAUGACAUCCUGUAGCAAGUAUUAAGUUUAUAUCCAUGACGGUUGAUAAAAGUGACUUUUUAUUUCUGUUUAUGCGUUCUGUUCUUUGGGGUUGGGUUGAAUCACUACUGACGUUUGGGAUUAUGUAAAAGUUUGUCCACCUACAUUUAGAAUGACUAAUGAGUGAACCACAAUUAAAGCUUUAACGUGUGGCUACCAAGAGGAAGCAAUCAAAUAUUCAGUGCAAUACAUUUAUAUUAAUAUUUCAAGUUUUGUUGCUUAGCAUCCAUAGACCAGAGAUCAUGAAGUAUUGCUGUGUUCUGUCUUGUGUCUGCGUGCAUGGCCAACACGGUCUCACUAGUUAUUUAGCUAAACCUUGCACUCCUCCAACAGUGCCUUGAAUUGCAAUCUGAAUAUCCGUUUUUUCUAUGCUAUGGUAUUUACACAACCUAAUGCAUUGAGCGUGAUGUGGAGAAUAAAGAAUCAAAUGUAUAAAGGA